CGGUAAAUCGUCAUUUCAAGUGCAUGCAUUGACAAAAAUCUCGCCAGUUUCGGGAAUUUGAAGACUGGAAUGUUCUUCCUCUGGUUUUGAUUCUCCCGCUGCAGAACCUGGUUUUGCUCUUACUGCAUAUCCAGGUCAGAGAACGAAAAGUAGCUUGAUUUCCAAGGAAUAUAUUAACCAUCCUUCUGAAUCUACAUUCAUCUACUCUCUGAAAUUGUUCGCGGAGGAAGUGGUACUUACAGUUUAACGAAAUGCCUUCGAAUCACUUGCUUCUUGAGGAGCCGAUUAGGAUGGCUUCCAUUUUGGAGCCUUCAAAGGAUAGCGUCUUGCCGACAAUGACGAAGAUUGUUGGUACUUUGGGCCCUAAGUCCCGAUCUGUCGAAGUUAUUUCUGCCUGUCUAAGGGCUGGAAUGUCUGUUGCUCGGUUCGACUUUUCAUGGGGCAGUCCUGAUUACCAUCAAGAAACUUUGGACAAUUUGAAGGCGGCUGUUAAGAACACCAACAAACUUUGCGCUGUUAUGCUGGAUACAGUGGGUCCUGAGAUCCUGGUUGUAAACAGAAAUGAGAAAUCUAUCUCUCUUAAGGAAGAUGAGUUGGUUGUUUUGACACCCAAUCAAGAAAUAGAGGCGUCUUCGGAGCUGCUGCCUAUAAGUUAUGAUGGACUUUCAAAGGUCGUUAAGAAAGGAGACACCCUUUUUCUUGGUCAGUACCUCUUCACUGGAAGUGAAACAACUUCUGUCUGGCUGGAGGUCUCCGAAGUGAAAGGAGAUGAUGUUCUUUGCUUGGUAAAGAACUCUGCCAAGUUGGUUGGAACAAUGUACACUUUGCAUGCAGCUGAAAUUCGCAUUGAUCUUCCAACACUUACUGACAAAGAUAAGGAGAUUAUAGCUACGUGGGGAGUAAAAAACAAGAUUGACUUCCUCUCUCUCUCACAUGCUAGACAAGCGGAGGAUGUUCGCCAAGCUCGACAAUUUCUUUCUAAGCUAGGCAACCUUAGCCAAACUCAAAUCUUUGCGAAGAUUGAAAGCGUUGAGGGAUUAACCCAUUUUGAUGAGAUUCUACAAGAAGCAGAUGGUAUUAUCCUUGCUCGUGGCAAUUUGGGGUUAGAUCUUCCUCCUGAGAAGGUAUUCUUGUUUCAGAAAACUGCCCUUCAUAGAUGUAAUAUGGCUGGAAAGCCCGCUGUUUUGACUCGUGUGGUAGACAGCAUGACUAGCAACUUGAGACCUACACGUGCAGAAGCUACUGAUGUUGCCAAUGCUGUACUUGAUGGAAGUGAUGCAAUUCUUCUUGGGGCUGAGACAUUGCGUGGAUUUUAUCCAGUAGAAACCAUUUCAACUGUUCGUAGAAUAUGCGCUGAGGCAGAGAAGGUUUUCAAUCAAGACUUUUAUUUCAAGAAGGCAGUCAAGCAUACCGGGGAGCCAAUGUCACACUUAGAAUCUAUUGCCUCCUCAGCUGUUAGGGCAGCCAUUAAAGUGAAGGCUUCCGUGAUUAUAUGCUUUACUUCAACUGGAAGGGCUGCAAGAUUAAUUGCGAAGUACAGGCCAACGAUGCCCGUUAUAUCUGUUGUCAUUCCAAGGCUGCAAACAAAUCAAUUAAAGUGGAGUCUGAGUGGGGCAUUUGAGGCUCGACAAUCAUUAAUAAGCAGAGGUCUUUUCCCUGUGCUCGCCGAUCCUCAACACCUAGCGGACUCUAACAAUGCAACAAAUGAGUCAGUUCUGAAGGCUGCUCUAGAUCAUGGAAAGUUAGCAGGAAUCAUUAAGGCACAUGACCGCGUAGUGGUUUGCCAGAAAGUUGGUGAUGCAUCAGUAGUAAAGAUUAUCGAGCUUGAAGAUUGAAAUGGCACCUCGGCCGCUUGAGCCUUGGGAGGACCACUCUCCCCCCUCCCCCCCCCCCCCCAAUUUUUGAAGAGCUUCUGUCAUCAGCCAUGACAUAUACACAUAUAUGUGACUCUUGAUGCACCCUUUUUAUCUUCUCUGAAGUACUGAUAUAUAUUUAUGUGAAACCUCCAUGGAUUUUUGAAAUUUAAGCUUUCGAAUUGAGUUCUUAAUGGUGAUGAUCAUCACUGAUUUCUUGAGUGAAA